GGUAACGAGAUGUCUGAGGUACUGCGAGACUUCCCCGAACUGACUUGCGAAAUCGAUGGUGUUACCGAAUCCAUCAUGAAGCGUACUGCCCUAGUGGCCAACACCUCCAAUAUGCCCGUGGCUGCUCGAGAGGCCUCUAUCUACACCGGUAUUACUCUGUCCGAAUACUUCCGCGACAUGGGCUAUAACGUGGCCAUGAUGGCAGACUCCACCUCCCGUUGGGCCGAGGCUUUGCGAGAGAUUUCGGGUCGUUUGGCUGAGAUGCCCGCCGAUUCCGGCUACCCGGCUUAUCUAGGCGCCCGUCUGGCCACCUUCUACGAGCGUGCUGGGCGCGUGAAGUGCCUUGGUAACCCCGAGCGCGAGGGAUCCGUGUCCAUUGUGGGAGCUGUGUCGCCUCCUGGUGGUGACUUUUCCGAUCCCGUGACCUCCGCCACUUUGGGUAUUGUUCAGGUGUUCUGGGGUCUUGACAAGAAGCUGGCUCAGAGGAAGCACUUCCCCUCUAUCAACUGGCUCAUCUCCUACUCGAAGUACAUGCGUGCUUUGGAUGAAUACUAUGACAAGAACUUCCCCGAAUUCGUGCCGCUACGUACCAAGGUCAAGGAGAUCCUGCAGGAGGAGGAAGAUCUCUCUGAAAUCGUACAACUGGUAGGCAAGGCCUCGCUGGCCGAGACCGACAAGGUGACAUUGGAAGUGGCCAAGCUGCUCAAGGACGAUUUCCUGCAACAGAACUCCUACUCGCCUUACGAUCGCGUGUGUCCCUUUUACAAGACAGUGGGCAUGCUGAGAAACAUCAUGUCCUUUUAUGAGACCGCCCGACAUGCCGUUGAGUCCACAGCCCAAUCGGAUAACAAGAUCACAUGGAACACCAUUAGGGAGUCGAUGGGCGGCAUUAUGUAUCAGCUGUCGUCGAUGAAGUUCAAGGACCCAGUGAAAGACGGCGAGCAAAAGAUCAAGGCGGACUACGACCAGCUAUACGAGGACCUGCAGCAAGCCUUCCGAAAUUUGGAGGAUUAAGCGGAUCCAGCCAACAACAACUGCGGAAUUCCCUAGCAAGAGGAAUGGAAAAAGAAACAAACCAAACGAAAUAAGAAACCAAAGCUAGGUUAUUAUUCGAAUUCCCCAUUCAAUCUAGUCAUAUUUACAUAAUGCAUAAUAAGAUAUUUGAAUCCAAGUUUAUUUAUAAGUUAAACAAACAGUUUGGCCCGCUUCAGGUCUAGUCAGGUCAGAAUCGAAUCAACAGAAGAUACACAAAACAAAAAACACACGAUGACGGCGAGUUAGGAAAGACGAACAAUAAUUAGUCGGUAGCGCAAAGGAAACGCAGUUGAACCAGCCAUAAACAUAAUUACCAUACAUAUACAACACAUAUGUAUAACUAUCUAUGUUGAUAUAUAUUUAUAAUUCACAGCUAUGUAUUGUUAGUAAAUUUUCAUAUAGUUAUCGAUUGUGUUCGUUACCCUAUUGUGUGAAACUAAACCAACUAAACGAAUCUAAAGGGAGUUUGAAACUUUACAAAAUUACAUAAUAUUAUAUUCCUACAUAUUAUAGACCUUUAAAGAACGCAAUAACAACGUAGCCCCAAAAGCAUGUACCUUUACUACCAAAGAAGAAUAGCUAUUUCAGUAACUUGUGUGUGUUGCAAAUGGAGCUAUGGAAUAAAAUGUAUUAUGAAUGUUACAAAAA